GAACUGGGUCCAACAAUGUCUGCAGCCAGGAGAGGACAGCAGCGGCGAGGCUGGGCGCCUGGCUGCAGCGUGACGUCAGCGCGUUUUCCUGACGUGCUGUCUGCCAGCUCUGCGCUCUGCUUUGUUCCCUGUGCGCUGGCGGAGCGAGCUUCCCUCUGGAUCCGGGAGCAGCAGCAGAAGAUGAGCCACUUCAACAAGGGACCAGCCUACGGCCUGUCUGCGGAGGUCCGGAGCAAAGUAAGUGCUGCCAGAACUUUGUUUGCAGGCAGGGAUCCGCUCUGGAAAAACUUUCUGCCGAAACUCUCCGAACUCCACAAGUUCGGAACCUGGAGCUCCAUGACGCAAUGCGCCGUCCUGCUCCUGGGGCGCAGGAGUCCAGGGGGACCGGACCGGACCGGAACUGAGACCGCUCCUCACGAACAGAGGUCAGGUUGGGGUUGGGCCUCUGUGAGAAACCUCUACCAGUUCAGCUCCCAGUGCUCCCAGUGGGUCAGUGACUUGGAGUCCAGUCACACCAGUAGUCAGGUCAUCCUCCUAGAGGCUCGGCCCAGAAUUAAAGGCCUCCAGAUUAAAGGCAUUCAGACUAAAGGCCUCCAGAUUAAAGGCCUUCAGACUAAAGGCCUCCAGAUUAAAGGCAUUCAGAUUAAAGGCCUCCAGAUUAAAGGCAUUCAGACUAAAGGCCUCCAGAUUAAAGGCAUUCAGACUAAAGGCCUCCAGAUUAAAGGCCUUCAGACUAAAGGCCUCCAGAUUAAAGGCAUUCAGACUAAAGGCCUCCAGAUUAAAGGCCUUCAGACUAAAGGCCUCCAGAUUAAAGGCAUUCAGAUUAAAGGCCUCCAGAUUAAAGGCAUUCAGACUAAAGGCCUCCAGAUUAAAGGCCUUCAGACUAAAGGCCUCCAGAUUAAAGGCAUUCAGAUUAAAGGCCUCCAGAUUAAAGGCAUUCAGACUAAAGGCCUCCAGAUUAAAGGCCUUCAGACUAAAGGCCUCCAGAUUAAAUGCCUUCAGAUUAAAGGCCUCCAGAUUAAAGGCAUUCAGACUAAAGGCCUCCAGAUUAAAGGCAUUCAGACUAAAGGCCUCCAGAUUAAAGGCCUUCAGACUAAAGGCCUCCAGAUUAAAUGCCUUCAGAUUAAAACCCUCAGAUUAAAUGCCUUCAGAUUAAAGGCCUCCAGAUUAAAGUUAUCCAGGCUGAUCAAUAAGCUCCAGCCCGGCUCAGUGAAGAAAAUCAACCACUCCCAGCUGAACUGGCACAAGCUGGAGAACCUGGGGAAUUUUAUCAAAGCCAUUCUGGCCUACGGCCUGAAGCCCAGCGACAUCUUCGAGGCCAACGACCUGUUUGAAAACGGGAACAUGACUCAAGUGCAGACCACGCUGCUAGCACUGGCCAGCAUGGCCAAGACCAAAGGCUUGGACACAAAGGUUGAUAUUGGGGUGAAAUAUGCAGACAAACAAAGACGGCAGUUUGAUGAAGAGAAGAUCAAGGCUGGACAGUGUGUCAUCGGACUGCAGAUGGGAACAAACAAGUGUGCCAGUCAGGCUGGAAUGACGGCGUACGGAACCAGGAGGCAUCUGUACGACCCGAAGACUCACAGCGAUAAACCGUACGACCAGACCACCAUCAGCCUGCAGAUGGGCACCAACAAAGGAGCCAGCCAGGCGGGGAUGUCGGCCCCUGGUACCCGUAGGGACAUCUUUGACCAGAAGGUGGCGCUGCAGCCGGUCGACAACUCUACCAUCUCCCUCCAGAUGGGCACCAACAAGGUGGCGUCUCAGAGAGGCAUGAGCGUGUACGGUCUGGGCCGGCAGGUCUAUGACCCCAAGUACUGCGCCGCACCGACGGAACCGGUGAUUCACAAAAACGGCAGCCAGGGCACCGGCACCAACGGCUCAGAAAUCAGCGAUAGCGACUACCAGGCCGAGUUCCAGGAGGAGGAGUACCACGCCGGUUACCAUGACGACUACGACCCCCUCUAUAACGAGCCCCACAGUGACUACUAGUGCAGGGCUUCAGGUCUAGAGCAGUAUGACGUCAUCAGACCUUCGCUGUCCUCACUGGACUUUCUAUGAAACUAGACUCUGAGCCGCAGAGCUCCAGUUUUAGUUCUAAGCACGGCAGAUAAGUGGUGAAGAGUGAUUUUUGAAGGACGUCUUUGAUAGAAGCUUUGCUGUCCUGUACGGCAUACCUGUAGCGGACCAGUGUUGAGCCUAUCAGUGUACCUGUUAAAGUCUGUAGAUUUUCACGAUCUAGAUUCAUUCCUUUCUCUGAGUUACGUCUUCCUGAUGGACGCGAGGCGCUCAUAACCUUUUCUACGUUCUUACCUUCUUUCCUUUUUUAGACCAAUCCGUGUUUAUUAAUAAAAUCCUACCUUUCAUUAAAG